GCUGGCGUUGGGAGUCGGAGGCGCAGCUCCUGCGCACCCGCGGCUCAGCGCUGCCGCCGCUCCCGCUUCACACCGCCCCGCAGGGGGCUGCGAGGAGAGCCCAGCGCCCUCCCCAAGGGCGGCCACAGCCCGGGGGACAACCCCCCAACUCUAGGGAAAAUCCACACCAAGAAAGCCUCUAUUCUGCAAGGCAAGGGUUCCAUUCUAUCCAGGAGCCCAGCCAAGAAAGCUUUUGUGGCCUACCACCUAGUUUUUACCAGCCACCUAGGCAAAGCCAGUUAUCACCAACAAAAACCCAGGACAGCCGCGAAACCUCUCCUAUGAGUGUCCCUAGUUUCCCAUCCGUUUCCUCUAUGUGCCAACCAACCAUGUUUAACUACGAACGUCCAAAACACUUUAUCCAGUCUAAGAAUGUGUGCCAAGGGCAACAGCAGCCUCCGGGACCCGCAGCCUCUACAGAGUCAAGCAGACAACUCAAACAGUCCUCCAUCCUAAUACAGCCUUGUAACCCAAGUGGGCAGAAAUUCUCCUCCUCGUCAUCGCUGAGCUCUUCAAUCACGCUCUCCUCGCCUUCCUGUAGUGCCCCUAAGGAAUCCACAUAUCCCGUCACACCUGCAUCUGUGCAGUCUCCUGCUAGCUCAUCAUCUGGCCAACGGCUUAUAUCCAUGCCUAACCAACCCCCCGCAGCAUUCUUGUGCUCAGUCUUACCCUCGCAGCCCGACUAUAACUCCCAAACUCCUUCUCCUAUGGAACCUCAUUACUCACAACCAAUGUAUAACAAACAAGCUAGCGUCAACUCUAUGCAGAAGGCAACAGACCAAGAAAUGCGAGGAACAAAAGAGGCCCUCAUUCAGGACUUGGAAAAGAAACUCCGAUGCAAAGACAACCUUCUCCAGAAUGGCAACCAGCGAUUAACUUAUGAAGAAAGAAUGGCUCGCAGGCUGCUCGGACCAGUAAACGCCGCGUCUGUGUUGGAAACGCAAAGUGAAGACAGCAUGCAGAACGCACAGCACCAGAACGCAGAAAACAUCAGGCUGCAGGUUCCUACAACACAUGUAAGGAGCAGACCAUCCUCAAGAGGAGACGAACGUGGACAUGACUCAAUCCAGGAAAAAUUUUUUCAGCCACGUUUUACACAAGUGCCUGAAGACGUAAUUAUCGAGGAGGGGCGAUUCUGCAGGCUUGACUUCAAAGUUAGUGGGCUGCCAACUCCAGACGUGAUGUGGUAUCAGAACGGAAGGAUGGUUCAUCAAGAUCAGUUCCAUAAAAUGAUAGUGUCAGAAAAGGGAUUCCACUCAUUUAUUUUCGAAGCGGUCAAAUCAACUGAUGCAGGAACAUAUGAGUGUGUAGCUGUCAAUCGUGCAGGAGAAGCUUCCUUUGCAGUAAAAGUGGAAGUAAUUGCAAAAGAACAUCACACACCUCCAACUUUCAUCUUCAAGCCACAAAGCAAAAAGGUUUUUGAAGGAGAUACAGCCAGACUUGAAUGCCAGAUCUCUGCUAUCCCAACACCCCGGAUUUACUGGAAAAGAAACAAUGAAAUGGUACAAUAUAAUACAGACCGAAUAAGCUUGUUACAUGACAAUACUGGAAGGAUUUGCCUCCUGAUUCACAAUGCAAACAAGAAAGAUGCUGGUUGGUACACCGUGUCUGCGGUCAACGGAGCAGGUGUGGCCACAUGCCAUGCCAGGCUGGAGGUUGCAACACAUGCAAACAAGCCAAUUCCAGCCCCAAAGCAGUUACGGGUUCGACCAACAUUUAGCAAGUAUUUGGCACUUAAUGGAAGAGGACUGGAUGUGAAACAAGCUUUCUCACCAGAAGGAGAGUUUCAGCGUUUGGCUGAGCAGUCUGGACUGUAUGAGAGUGAUGAACUUUAACUGGAAAUGAAGAAGACAACUCACCUAUAAGAGACAAUCACAACAUAGAUGCAGUUAACUGGCGCUUGCUCUAAUUAGCAGAAUACCUAUCUACGUAUUUUUACUUUGACUCUUGCACAUUCAGCUGUUCCCAUUUUACCAUGUUAGAUUUUAUUUAUAUGGGUUGGUGAAUAUAACCAGUUACUGAGUAUUGCGUUUUAACUCUAAAGCCUAAGAAAGCAAGGCAAUUAGUUUUUACAGGUGUGGGCGGUGUUAGUUCCUCCUGUGCUUGGUUACGUGCGAAAGUAGAUUGGUUUGUACUGCUUCUCUAAUAUCACUCUUGAUAAUACCAGAAGUCUGUACUGUCUGAAUAAUAAACCCAAAUAGACUAGAGUGGUUUUAUGAGAAUAAAUUAGAGGCAAAUAAAAUCUUAAAUAUCCAACA